AAGUGUUAGAUAAAAUUAUUUUAUCAAGUAAUAAUUGAAAAACAAACAAAACUGUUAAAUUUAUUAUUUUUUUCUCAAAUUAUAAAAUAUAAUGGAUAGUGAAGUUAUCAUUUCAAGUAUUGGUGGGUUUGGACGCUACCAAAAGAUCCAGCUUGCUAUAUUUAGUGUUCCUUGGCUUGGCGGUGGACUUCAACUUGCCCUUGCUAUCUUUAUAUUAAGAGUCCCAGCAUUCAGGUGUGCUAUUCCAGGCUGGGAAAAUGAUACUUACAAAGUGCAGAGUGACACUCAUGCUUGGUAUAUAAACCAUUCCUUGCCCAGUGACAAUAGAAAAUGUAAGGUUUAUCAAUUUAACUAUUCAGAUUUUAAUGAUUGGAAUACCUCUAAAGAGGUCAACUGUCAUGCAUGGGUCUAUGAUAAAUCAAGUGUUCCAUCAACAGCUGCUUCUGAUCUAAACCUUGUGUGUCACAGAACAGUCUUUAUCUCAACAAUCAACAUGCUACUCAUGGCAGGUGUUUUUGUUGGAUCUUUGUUUUUUGGCACAUUUUCAGAUCAGAAGGGCCGAAAGUUGUCUCUUUAUUUAGCACUUCUUCUCAGCAUUGUAACAGUCCUCCCACUCUAUUUUGUUGGAAGCUUUGAAGCUCUUGCCACACUCCGUUUCUUUGCUGGUUCAUCAGGAGCCAGUAUUUUUAUGGUUGCAUUUAUUCUUGCCAUAGAGAUAGUACCUCAUUCUCACAGAUCUCUAGUUGGUUUGUUCAGUCACAUUGCAUUUGCUACGGGUCAAAUAGCAAUGGCUGGAAUUGCUUAUUUGAUUAGAGAUUGGCAUCUUCUGUGUCUGGCUGCAUCUCUUAUUUUUCUACCAUUUUUCCUAUAUUGGUUCAUCAUAGAUGAAUCACCAAGAUGGUUAAUUUCCAAUAGUAAAGUUGAGGAGGCAAAAGAUCUUUUUGAAAAGAUUGCCAAAAGAAAUAAGGCUGUUUUUACUCCUUCUUCCUUGCAGCAAAGUCAGGAAACAACACCUCAAAUCAUGGACCAAACAAAACCAGCUCAAAAAGUCAGUCUUUUUCAUUUGUUCAAAUCAAGAGUUUUAUUAAUACGAUGUGCAAUAAUUUCCUUCAACUGGAUAGUUGUGAACAUGGUUUUUUUUGGACUCCUGUUUGGUAUUGGAGAACUUGGCUUAAACAUAUAUUUCAGUACAUUUCUUUUUGCUGCUGUGGAGUUUCCAGCCUACGUUUUCCUUUAUUUCACUCUGGAUAGAUGGGGAAGGAAACCUCUUUAUUGUUCAUUAAUAUUAUUAUGUGGAGUUGCAUGUGUUUCAUCAUCAUUUGUGUAUGUUUGGGGAAAAGAUUUGUUUGGUCUGACCAUAUUUUUGGCAUUAAUAGGAAAAUUUAGUGUCUCUGGAGCAUCCACUGUUAUUAGUAACAUAGCAUCAGAAAUACUGCCCACAGUUAUACGCAAUGCUGCUUUUGGUUUAUGUUCAUGUCUUGGAAGACUAGGUGGAAUGUCAGCCCCUUACAUUACCCUCUUGAGCAAUUAUAUACCUACUGAAUUUGGUAAAAGUUUGCCACUUAUUUUAUUUGGAGUAGCUGCCUUAGUAGCAGGGUUUCUUUCACUUGCUCUGCCUGAGACUCUAGGUGAAAAUUUACCGGACACAAUUGAAGAUGGAGAAAAAUUUGGAAGGUAA